CUGCUUUAGUAGAUGUGUAUUUUUCGUUAAUUUUGAUAGCGUUUAUAAAUAUAUAAUUAUUGAACACUCGUACGCAAUAUUUGCUUGUCAGUAUAUCGCAAUAAGAUGAUAUAUCUUUUCAUGAGAUACGCCGCAGCUAGUCAAUGAAAUCGACGCGUAAAUCUCUAAAUCUGUCAAAAUCAGCUGAUCGAUCAAGUACAGUGCACAAUUGGAAAAAUAUUUCCAUCCUCGCUCCAAGAACUGCAUGAGAAGCUAAAAGAGAUUUAAAAAAGGAUAAUAUGAUGGUUUUUCUCUGAUAAUUCAUUUAACAUCUGUUACUCCUUUAAGGCAGCUAUCAAGAUGGCUGCCGAAAUCAAUAGAGAACUGUCAGGAUACUAUUUACCCGCGGCACGUCAAACGGGUUAUGCUGAUAAAAUGUGCGAAAUUUUAUUUUACGAGAAUGAAUCGGCUAUGUGGUGCUAGGAGAAUAUGUUAAGAUUUUCUUAAAGAAAAGUGCUCGUUUUACGAGUAUGCAGGAGUGAAGAUACUGUGUAGAGAACAUACUGGUCAUUCUGGAAUUUGGAGCAUUUACUAAUAAUAAACAAGUAUUAAAAUGGAACGACAAUUUAUCUGUUGAGCUGGACGUAAACCGUAUUUGUUUCAAUUAAAAGUUCCUAAGGUGCAAGAUCUGUGAACAGGAUUUAGUCAUCUUCCUGAUGAUUUUCAUGAGACUGUGGAAAUAUUGUAAUUCUUUUCUACAGGAUUGUCUUUCGCUGCUCCUUUCUCUCUUGAGCACCCUUUACACGCUCUGUUUUUUUACUCUUUACUGGUAUCGCUGUGUUGACAGGAGCCUUGCUUUAUACCUUUGAUUCAGUUAUUUUGGAAACAUCGCGUUUCCUUACUUAUCAGUUUUGCAAGAUGGACUUUUUAGAAACUAUUUUUGUAUCUAUAAUCUCAUUCAUUUGUGGGGUACUGUGUACUCUGGCUUUGGAGUUUUAUAUAUUUAAAAAGUAUUUGGAAUCUGCGCCAGUGGCUAGCCCACCUCAGAAACCUGUACCUCAUGGAAAGGCUAUGCUACCUGAAGAACUGCUUAGCAAGAUAGAACAAGAGAAGCUAAGCUUUCAAAGUGCUUCUAAUAUGCCUCGUCAGAGUCUGUCACAGGGAAAUGAGAAUCUUGCUAUUAAUUUGACACUGCAAUUUCUCUUUAAUGAAAUCAGAAAUGCAGAACGUGUUAGACUUUGGUUAUACAGGAAGUUAAAUAAUGAGUUCAAAGAACUUUUGACACGUACAACCACUGGCCGACUGUUUGACAGCGUUCAGUUAAGGGACUUACAUCUUGGCACUCAGUUUCCAACAAUAAAGGGACUAGAGGUUGCUGAUUCUAAAAUUGAUGCUGACACAGGUCUUUUAGAGACAUUGGACUUAUCUCUCGACUUGCAUUACUCAGGAAAUUUCCAGAUGUCGAUAGAUGUUAAAAUGCUUCUUGGAAAAACUGCAUACUUGGCGUUGCAAGUAAAACGUGUCGCUGGAAGAGCCAGGUUGCAGUUUACUCGAGUCCCAUAUACACAUUGGUCACUUAGCUUUUAUUCUGAACCAAUCCUGGAACUGGAGGUGCAGUCCCAAUUCCAAGGUCGUCAGUUGCAGCCUCAAAUAGUUUCCCUGAUCACAGGACAGAUUCGCAGAGCUGUCAGAAAGAAGCAUACUCUACCUCGCUAUAAGAUGCGUUACAAACCCUUUUUCCGAAGACUGAACGACGAGGACAUCGAUCUGACAGAAGUCGCAAGUACCCAGCUCACGCCAGGUUAUUUAGAAGUUAAUCUAUUGGAUGUGAGCAGGUUAAAUCUUUCCUCGAUCAACCUCAAUGCCGAGGAAUCUUCCCAGGUCGAGGUAUACUGUACAAUGAGCGUGGAUUCAACGCCCUGGAUCUACCUGACUCAAUACAGCGGAGUACCUUACAUGAUAUUGGACUUGAUUAUCAGCAAAACUACCGACCAACAGUUAGGAGUAGUAUUUAAACAAGAGACUGUGUCAGAAAUCGGACAGAACUGCGUCCUGGUGGAGACUAUCGUGGCAGGAAGUCCAGCAGCCAUUGCGGAAAUGCGAAGAGGCGACAUAUUGGUUGCCGUCGAUGGGAAGAAAGUAUCGAACAUGAACCAGGUGGGAAAAUUAGUAAAGAACGCAGCCCAAAGACGUUUCAUUAUCAGAGUGGAAAGAAGAUACACUAGGAUCGACUCAGAUAGGUAUAAUUCCCUGAGGAUGGAUGGUGAACGAUCAUCUAUAGAUAAAAGUAUGGAUAGAAAGUCUUCCAGAAUCGACCUGAGUAAGAGUGACUUGCAGAAUGUCGAGGACAGUCCAAGAACGAAGUUCGAAACUCAAAUGAAAUUCUCUGACCUGAGAGAUGCCGACUUUGAGAUCCUAGACAGAGGUGACUUAACCAGCAAAUUAUCCAGGAGGCGUCACAGCAGUAGUCACGUCAUGGAAGAACUGGCUCAAAUUCCAGACUCACCCUCGAGAAGAAUCUCCACCACGUCUAACAAUUCAACUACAUCUAGCAGCAUGCACACUUACUACAUGGAGGACAGUCUACCUACUAUGACGGAUUUAUACCACACGACCAAGGAGAGAUCGUUAGCUUCUGUGAUGACGUUCGAGGAGAUCAGGAACUUCCGGAUCGACUCGGAGCAGCAGUACUUAAACGUGGGCGUCUGGGUACGCGUUCGGGGCGGUGAAAAUCCGCCUAAAUUAUUAGGAUACAUAAACGCUCCGAUAAAAUUAAUUUUGGCACAGUGCUCCACGUCGACAACUGGACACUACUUGAAGUGCUACGCCCUGCUACCACCCGACACCGCUUCCCCCAACAUAACUAACUCCAAGGUACAAGGAUAUUCAGGAUUUGAUCCCAGUCUCUGCUAUGGUGAUGUCCUACUGUCCUACGUUUGGGCCUCUUCCCAAGAAUCUCGACACCAGGGCACUGGUGAUUUCACCAAAAAAGAAACUGCGGAGGCUAUUAAAGUGCAGCCAACAUCAAGCACUGAAAAUGUCGAUAAGAAAUUACACGAUUUCAUUCGCACGCAUUUUCAUCGUGCAACACAUUGUGACUUCUGCACGAAGAAGAUUUGGCUAAAGGAUGCUGUACAGUGUCGAGACUGUGGUAUGGUUUGCCAUAAGAAAUGCGAAGUCCGCUGUCAGGCUUCCGGGGCUUGUGGCGCGGAGAGUCUGGCAAGUUUGGCGUACGAAGCCGACGAAAUAGAAAGCAGUGUUGUACCAGGAGAAGUGGGCCCAGAGAUAUCACUUACGGGCUGUGAGGAUAACGUUCAGGGUGCAAGUAUGAUGGCUAUGAAGGCCAGCAUAGCUAAUACACUGCUGGGCCUAAAGAAGGCCGGAAGUACAAGUUGUCUGGCCCCACCGACUUCCGGUAUUGGUUUGGCAUCUAGAAGUCUUCCCCCAAGUCCCUGCGCAUCUCGCAAGAAUUCACUCGUGGGAGGAUUGGGUAUAACUCCUGAUCUACUGGAGGGUGCGGAGCCCAGUGUAGCAGCACUCCUCGUCGCUGGGGAUUUAGACGACGGUCUGAUGUCCAGAGCCAGGGACACUGGAAAGUUCCUCUACAAAUCAUUGGAACCGGAAGAACGCAUGGGAAAAAUUAAUACCAUGAUGAGCAAACUGAAGUCAGCUCUGGACGUGGAAACUACCUCAAGACUGGAAUUAUCACAAUCCGGUGAUGCAGAUAGUGCAAAAAUGAUUGCACAAAGUGAUUUACGAGUGCAGGCACUCAGUGUACUUUUGUUGCACUAUUGCGCCGGACUGCAACAUGCUCAAGAUGCACUGGAAAGAACGAAAAAUUCAAAGGAAUCUUAAGUUGGAAUACAUAUUCAUUUACAAUUAUAUUAAUACUCGGUCAGCUGAUUUAUUGCCUCUCGCAUAAUUCUAAGCUCGUGUUGCUAUCAGUCAAUUCAAUGAUAUUUAUCCGUAGAAUAGCUAGGGAGUGGAUUUUAUUGUUAGAUAUUCAAUUUGUUUAUUCGUUUGUCUCGUAUAUGUAAACGCUAUCAACAAUCGCCUCUUUGCGAUACGUGAGAUUAUUAAUGAAUGUAUGGUGUAUCUUGUUACUGUUAGAAUUAUGGUUCAUGCAAUUUAUUGCUGAAUCCAAUUACGAUUAUUAGCUUUAUCAUUAUUAAUACUCCGUACUAUUCAGAUUAGCUCAAUGGACGUAUGCCUGGAUAAGCUAAAUAAUUGUAUUAUGCUAUUCAGACAUAUUUGCGGCAUGCACUUUUUAAUUACUCUUCAGGAGUAUUAUGUAUUUAUAGAUGCAUAUAUAUAUAUAUCUAGUUCACCGAAGAACACCAAUUGCUAAGACUUGUUUUGGUAGAUAUACAUACAAUCGCCAUAGAAUACGUGAUUAUAUCUAGAUGCGCGUCUUGCGUUAUAUUUACUGAUACUUUCUAUCAAGAAUCAUUACACUGUGUGAUAAUAUCGAGGCUGCUGAAAUUAUAUAAAUUCUAUUUAUUCGUCUAUCGGUAUUAACUCCUUCGUGGCAAGUAAAAUUUAACUGUUUGUUCUUCAGUGGACAAGGAAAAAGUAUUUUGAUGCAAUUGAAAAAAAAAAACAAUGUUUCGCCACAUUGCACAAUGCCCACAAAGACACAAUUUUUGACAUGAUACGACGUUAAUGCUAUCCAAGGGGUUAAUCAAUAAUUAUCAUUAGCGAUAAGGUAAUUGUUAUAAGAGCGUCCAAUCGAGUGUAUUCUGUGUAUUCGUCAUAGUAUUUAAUAUGAUUAUCCUAAACUGUUAUUAUAAUGCCAAUUAAGAAUUUCUUACAUCAAUGUCUGAUAUGGCAACUGGUCGAAGUCAAUCAGACAUGGACUUGGAAAUUGACAGUUUAGGCAACGAGAUUCAAUGAUAAUACUCGAUUAGCAACGAAUUAUUCAAUUCUGAACUGACGUAUCAAGUAUUAGCUUUUACAAAUUUGUGCAAGCUGAGGAAAUACUGACGAGUUACAUACAUAUUGUAUAAUAAACUGUAGUCCAUCCAUAUAUUAAAUGAUAGUAGAUAAAGGGGAAUUUAGUGAGAAUUGAUUGAAUGGACUGUUGGAAUAGAAUUAAAAAAGAAUCAACGAAUGUAUUCGUGCGUUUUGUUGUUUUAUGAAAUAAAAAAGAUAUAUAUGUACGUGUA